AUGCCUCUUGCCCGCUCCACCGACCCUUUGGUCUGGAUUGACUGUGAAAUGACCGGGCUGAACCCGGAGCACGACCAGAUCCUCCAGAUCUGCUGCUUCAUUACGGACGCUCAGCUGCAACUGUUGGAACCCGACGGCUUCGAGGUUGUCAUCCACCAGCCCGACUCCCUCCUGGACAGCAUGUCGCAGUGGUGCAUCGACACCCAUGGCCGCACGGGCCUCACGGCCGCCGUACGCGCCUCCACGACCAGUGCGACUGCCGCCGCCGACUCGUUGAUGGCGUACAUUCGUCGCCACGUCUCCGCUCCGCGCACGGCUUUACUGGCCGGGAAUAGCGUCCACGCCGAUAAGGCCUUCCUGGCCCGGGGCCCCUAUGCCCCGAUUCUAGAGUUCUUGCAUUACCGAAUAUUGGAUGUGAGUACAAUCAAGGAGGCCGCCCGUCGCUGGGCGAGCAAUGAGCUGCUCGAGCAGGUCCCGACCAAGCGAGAGGUGCAUCUAGCCCGCGACGAUAUUCUAGAGAGCAUUGCGGAAAUGCGCUUCUACCGGGAGAAACUGUUUUGGUGA